AUGUCAACCCGUUCUAAAAGAGAUGCUGAUAGAAGCUUAAACGCAAAGCAUACACAGAUUUUACGUGAGUGCUUACGGCAACCCGAAAAUAGAUAUUGUGCGGACUGCAGAAAAAAAGACCCUCGAUGGGCUUCUUGGAAUCUUGGGAUUUUUAUUUGUAUACGAUGUUCGGGAACGCAUCGGUCCAUGGGAACUCAUAUUAGUCGUGUAAAAUCAGUUGAUUUAGAUACAUGGACACCCGAGCAAGUCGAGAAUAUGGUUCGAUGGGGAAAUGCCAAAGCAAAUGCUUAUUGGGAGGCAAAUCUAAAUUCAACGCCCCCUGAAAGCAACAUCGAUCAAUGGAUUCGAUCGAAAUAUGAAAUGAAACGAUGGGCUAUGAAAGGUCCAAUUCCCGAUCCAAGCUCAUUAAGCGAAGGAUACUCCAUACAAUCAGACAAUAAUCCAUCAAAAAAAGAAAAGUCUAAUGCAAAAAAUAAAAUCGAUAUAUUAGUGUCCUCAGAUGACCCAAAUCCGAAAUCAUCUAUUACAAACGCCGAUGAUAAUUCAAUAUCACAACUUAAAGGAGCAGAAUUAUUUUCACUGGGAAAACCAAGUUCAGCCCCAUCUAGCCCAACACAAGAAAAAGCUUCGUUGCCCCUUCCACGUUCAACUACUCCUAAUCCCGUUCCUUCUCCUGCACCUUCACACGACAUGAUAAAAUCAUCUAUUCUCUCUCUUUACAACAAUCCAACUCCGAGACCUGUAGCCAAUAAUAAUAACAACACUAUUUUCGGACAUCAUUCAUUCAAUUCAUCAUCACCGACGCUAUCGUAUUCACCAGCUAGAUCUAAUAAUUAUAAUACUAGUAAUAGUGAAACGAUGCCUCAAGGUGGUCAAUUUUUUGAAGAAACUCAAGUACUUAUGCUACAAAAAUUGGCGAUAAACCAGUUGCGAUAUCUUUUCCAAUUUGAUGAAAAGUCUUAUUUUGGUGGGGUGGUUUUGUUGUUCAUUACUAAAGAGUAA